AACCAACCAACUACGCCAAUGAAAAUGUGCAAGUAUCAGAGGCGGCACUUUCCCGAUACAUAGCCAGCUAGCCAGCCAGCCAGCCAGCCAGCCAGCCAGCCAGCCAGCCAGUCAGUCAGUCAGUCAGUCAGAUAGCCAAAUAGCCAAACAGCCAGUCGGUCAAACAGUCAAACAGUCAGCAGCGUGCGUUCAGCUCAGUUGUGUUGAGUUCUACACGCAAGCUGCUCGUACUCGUAUGUAUGUAGUGGAGAUGCAUGCCUGUGCUGCAUAGAUGUAUGUGUCUGGAGUGUCGUCACAUAUGCAUAUGCACAUAUGUAUAUGUAUGUAUAUACAGCUAAUAUAUGGCAAUAUGUGUAUAUACUGAUAUACGCGCGUGCCAAAUAUUGCCGAUUUUAUCAAGCGAAAGUAGCUGGGACAGUGGCAACAACUGAAGCACCACCAGCAGCACCAACAGCAGUAGCAGCAACAGCAGUAGCAGCAGCAGCAACAACAACAGCAGUAGCGGCAACAAAGACCAAUCUGACGCCUACAAUAGCAGCAACAAUAGAAGCAACAACAACAAUCACGACGCCAACGUCACAAACAACGAAUCGCAGUUACAGAGCGUACUGCAAAAUAUCAAGAUGUCAAUUCAGAAGCUCAACGAUAAUGCAAACUCGGGAUAUGUUAGCUCCGAGGAGACGGACUCAUUGCUAGUUUCAAACCCAUCGAAAGGCAGAUCCGCAUUAUUGCGGCAAGUCAAAAAUAGUUCAGCGAACGGACCAACAGCGAACAAUAUGGCUUCCACGUCGGGCGGCAAACCAACACUGAUACGACAGGAUCGAACUUCCACAUACUUGACCAGCCCCCAGCAGUCGCAGCAUCAGCGUAUGGGCUCCGAGGAGAGCAUGCGUGGUGGUGUCGCCGGUGGUGGCGGCGGCGGCGGUGGUGGGGGACACGACGAGGAUAUUGAGCAGGGACUGCGUGCAUCCAUUGUGCCUGAUAUCGAAGUACACGAAGAGGACCAAGAACUAACACAAAACACAUCAACGACCACAACAAUAUCAGCGUCUGCCUCUGUGGCAGGCAACAUGACCAACAAAAAUCAGGAUCAGCCGCAGUCGCAGUCGCAGCAGCCACAGCAGCAACAGCAACAACAACAGCAACAACAACCGACCAUAUCAAUAAUGAAUUUAAAUCUGAAGCCGCAACCACAACACGAGGUUACACAUCAUAUGCCUGGCAGUCACCCAAAUCUGGGCACCUCAUCAUAUCAGAAUCUAUCAUCCAGCAUACCACCAAGUGCGCCCAGUCGUUGUCGAGCAUGUCGGAAUUGUAGUCGCCGUGCUUCCACAACGCCGAUAUCGACGGCCGGUCAAAUCGAUCGAUCGGCGUCGCGCGACAGCGUCAAAAGUGCCUUCCAACAGGGUAACCUGAGCGGCUCGAUGGCCAUAUGCAUAUCAAAUUCCGCCCUCCAGCAGCAUCAGUUACACCCACAUCUGCAACAGCAGCAGCAUCAGCAGCAGCAGCAGCCGCAUUCGCACCAUUCACUGCAUCAGCAGUACAGUCAACAGCAGCAGGUGCCACCCGUACUGAUCACAUCAUCACCCACAAACGGAUCGCGCAUCAUACGCCAGAGCUCCCAGCCGGAAUCGAGCACCACUGCCAUCUGCUGUGGCGGCCACAGCUCGUGCGGCCACUCGCACACUGUUCCCAAUGUAUCGCUCAAGCAGCUGCGCGAAAGCACCACAGAUGGCAUUGCGGGCAUUGCGGCCGAUUCCCUCAGGAUCAACGGCGGCAUGCGGCCCUUCAAGCAGCUCCGCAAACCAGCAUCCACACUUUCAAUUCCUGGCUCGAUGAAAACACCUUCCAUUGCGAACCGGGAACAGAUCUCAUCUGGAUGCAACGAAGAAGCGGCCGAGGCACUAGUGGGUAUCCACUCAGACUACCCUAGGUAUGAAAUGUAUAUGGAAGAACGUGCUCUUACUGGCGGUAAUACGUCCAGAAAACCCUCAACAAAUUCGGCCAAACACAAACCCAAUGUGGGCUAUCGCCUGGGCAAAAGAAAAGCUUUAUUUGAGAAGCGCAAACGCAUCAGCGACUACGCGCUUGUUAUGGGUAUGUUCGGGAUCAUCGUGAUGGUUAUAGAAAACGAACUGAGCAGUGCCGGCGUUUACACAAAGGCAUCGUUUUACUCGACAGCGUUAAAAACCUUAAUAUCUGUUUCGACUGUGAUUCUUUUAGGACUUAUAGUAGCUUACCAUGCUUUGGAAGUGCAGAAUUCAUUAUUCAUGAUAGAUAACUGCGCCGACGAUUGGAGGAUCGCAAUGACAUGGCAACGAAUUAGUCAAAUAGGGUUAGAACUUUUUAUAUGCGCUAUACAUCCAAUUCCUGGUGAAUACUAUUUCCAGUGGACGACGAAAUUGGCGAAUAAGAACAAAACAAUCGGAACCGAAAUGGUUCCGUACGACGUAGCUUUAUCACUACCUAUGUUCCUUCGAUUAUAUUUAAUCUGCCGCGUUAUGCUGCUUCAUUCAAAGCUAUUCACAGACGCAUCAUCACGGAGCAUCGGCGCUCUCAAUAGGAUAAAUUUUAAUACCAGAUUCGUUUUAAAAACACUAAUGACAAUAUGUCCGGGAACGGUUCUAUUGGUCUUUAUGGUCUCGCUGUGGAUUAUUGCCUCGUGGACGCUACGGCAGUGCGAAAGAUUUCAUGACGAAGAACAUGCGAAUCUUUUGAAUGCAAUGUGGCUGAUAGCGAUUACAUUUUUGAGUGUUGGUUUCGGUGAUAUUGUUCCGAAUACGUACUGUGGACGUGGUAUCGCUGUCAGUACAGGAAUAAUGGGAGCCGGCUGCACGGCGCUACUUGUGGCUGUCGUUUCGCGCAAACUGGAGCUGACGCGGGCUGAGAAACAUGUGCACAACUUUAUGAUGGACACGCAGUUAACCAAAAGGCUGAAAAAUGCUGCGGCGAAUGUUCUUCGUGAAACUUGGCUCAUUUACAAACAUACAAGACUAGUAAAACGGGUUAAUCCCGGCCGUGUAAGAACCCACCAAAGAAAGUUCCUUCUAGCUAUAUAUGCGUUGCGAAAAGUUAAAAUGGAUCAACGCAAACUUAUGGAUAACGCAAACACAAUAACUGAUAUGGCCAAGACACAAAACACAGUAUAUGAAAUAAUAUCGGAUAUGUCUAGCCGUCAAGAUGCCAUUGAGGAGCGCCUAACAAAUCUAGAGGACAAAAUGCAGAGCAUACAAGAACACAUGGAAAGCCUUCCAGACUUAUUAUCUCGAUGUCUGACCCAACAUCAGGAGCGCAUUGAACAACGACGGAAUUUUCUGCAUCCAGACACAGCUGCUGCUCCCAUCCAGCAGCCAACGCCCCAGUCCAUGUUCAACGCAGCGCCCAUGCUGUUCCCCCAUUCUAGAAGUGUUCCCUCAUCCAAUAACGCCGCUGCUACUUACCAUUGGCCAACAAGCCCUAUUUUGCCACCUAUAUCUAGUAGAACACCACAUUUAGUGCCUGAUACUCACAUGCCAUCAAAUGGAUCUGCAGUUAAUAGCUACGCAUCUUCCAACAAAUACGGCAGCUGAAUAUCAGAAAAAGAGCGCUUCAACUCCGUGAUUAACAUCGAGAUGCUUACAAUAAUGCCAGCUACGUCUAAAACCAAAUCGCCGUCGCCGUCGCCAUCGCCAUCGAAAUCCCCAUCAACAAUGAUGGCCGAGACCGCACUGAGGCAACG